GUGUCCCCCACAGCCAUGGCCGCCGCCGCUGCCGCUGCCGCCGCGGGCGCCGGGGAAGCCCUGUCCCCGGACGAACUGCUGCCGAAAGGCGACGCGGAGAAGACCGAGGAGGAGCUGGAGGAGGACGACGACGACGAGCUGGAUGAGACCCUGUCGGAGAGGCUGUGGGGUCUGACCGAGAUGUUCCCGGAGAGGGUCCGGGCCGCAGCCGGAGCCACUUUUGAUCUCUCCCUCUUUGUGGCUCAGAAAAUGUACAGGUUUUCCAGGGCAGCCUUGUGGAUCGGCACCACCUCCUUCAUGAUCCUGGUGCUCCCCGUUGUCUUUGAGACCGAGAAGCUGCAGAUGGAGCAGCAGCAGCAGCUGCAGCAGCGGCAGAUCCUUCUAGGGCCUAACACAGGGCUCUCCGGAGCCAUGCCAGGGGCUCUACCUUCACUGCCUGGAAAGAUCUAGAUCGUCGCUGCUGUCUGAGCUGUCUGGAUGGGAGGAGUUUGCAAUUCCAGUGUUUGAACUGCUGGUUUUUUUUUUUUUUUUCAACUCUGGCACAUUGCUCUAAGCCUGGUGGAGAGAAUCCCCCUCGGGGUCUCCUGAGACUCCCACCGUGCAGCCGUGCUCAGCUGUGCUCUGUCCUCACUGACAGCGCAGCCAGGGGACAGUCCUGUCAGCGCUGCCCACCCCGCCCCUCACUAAGCCGCUCCCAGCUGGAAGCUGCCCUGGGCCACCGCGGGCUGGACGGACCCUGGGGCACUGGUGACUCUUGCUGUUGGUAGAGAACGGAGAUGCCAGGGAGGGACGAGCCCGCAGCGUGCAGCAGACAAUGCGUUCCAGCUGCGAAGUGGCCGCCGUGAACCCCGUGUGGGGAGAAGAGGGGGCCCGCAGACGGAGCGGAGCUCGUCUCCUCCGCACGACCUGCUGUUAGAUCUGUGUGUGUCAGGCAGUGCUCACUUUUUGUAUUUAAAUAUUAAAAAUGAUUCCAGCCCAGUGUCUGCCUGUGCACCUGA